GAUGGAGGUAGAGAAGGAGAGAGAGAGUGCACUCGUCAAACCUCAAAACGGAGGGACGGAAACAGUGUUGGGGAGGGAGGUGGUGGGGGGUGCUAGCUGGCUCUGUUUCCCUCCCUUCCCCCUCCCGCUCCCCUUCUCCCCCUCCCCCUCAACCCCACACUACCCCUCGCCUUCCAAAAACUCCUUCAAGACUCUGAAAUGCCCGCAGUGCAACUGGCACUAUAAAUACCAGCAGACCCUGGUGGCGCACAUCAGAGAGAAGCACUGUGUGCCAGCAGCGGGCGCGGCGGGCUCCUUAGCAGCGUGGGGGAGCAACAGCCCCUCUCCCCCCAGCUGCCCCUUCUGCGUCUCGGGCAAGCCUCACCCUCGUCUGGGACGGGGGGAGACCCACGCCUGCAGUUUCAAACCUUACCACUGUGUGGCAUGCGACUACUCCACUAACUCUAAAGGAAACCUCACGAUCCACACUCAGUCCGACAAGCAUGUGGCUAACGUACAGGGGGCCAGGGGCCCCCAAAAUGCUUACAGCACCCCCUCGGAUGCCCCCCGGCCCGGUAAGGCGAACAGCCCCAGUUUGGGGCAGUUCAGGAUGGUUAAUUUGCCACCCUUGGUUCGUCUGAGUGGCCAGGGGAAGUUGAGCAGCAUCCUGAUGAAUUUGGGGCUAGGGGGCCCCAGCGGGGGCAGUCUCGGGCUCCCCUUUAAAUGCAUUUUAAACAAACAGGGGCUCGAGCCCAGCUCCACGCUGAGUAGCAGCGCCGCCCCGGUGGUGGAACCGAGUACCGGCAGUCUGCCGAGCUGUGAUGUCAGUGAGGGAGCGAGGGAGGAGGAGGGCUGCAACCCCGGACUGGAGACCAAUAAGAGAGAUGGACUGGGAGCAACUGGGAGAGCCCCUACCUCUCCUCCUCCCCCUCCCUCUGCCCCUAUCCUCCCGGGGGAUCCUCCCCCCUCUCCCCCUCCCUCCAUAUUCCAGUGCCUCAUCUGCACCACCUUCACCACAGACCGGCUAACGGUGCUUCUGCAACACAGCUUCACCCCUCCCCCCCCUUCGCCUCCCACUGAUGACACUUGGUGGCGAGGUCCCAAACCGGGCUCCGCCCACCACUGCCUCCUCUGCCUCUACUCCACCCCCCUGUCUGCCAAUUUCGGGUUACACCUGCGGACGGGGCGCCAUUGCGCUCGCCUCGCACUGGCCAGGCACCUCAGGGGGGCGGGCCAGGGGUUCGAGGGGAGGUUAGGGCUCCCAGGAGCCCCCCCGGCCCUCACCCACCUCAGCUGCAGACUGUGCGGGUUCGACUCUCCGAGCCCCAGGGCCAUGCGGCUGCACGCACAGACUGCGGAGCACAGAGAGGCAGUGAGCAAGUAUCAGCAAAACCUCAACGAGAUUUGUCAAGACCGCUCCCCUGACAAAGACGCCAGCCAAUCAGAGCCUUCGUUCAAAUGCGGUCCGAGUGCAAACGGCGAGGGGGGCUCAGAAGACAAAGACUCGACCAACACAGAGUUCUGUUGUCAGCUCUGCAGUUUCUCCAGCCCCAGCGUGGAGCGCGUCCGGGAACACCUGAGCUCCCAGCAUGCCGUGCAGGGGGCGUGGCUUUGCCCGCUGUGCCAGGCGGAGCUGCGAGGGAGGGAAGGGCUGACGGACCACCUGAGGAACGGGCACAGCGUGGUGCCAUCCUGCCUGGAGAGACUUCUGCUGGCUGCUGUGAAAGUUGAUCCUCAGAUAUCCACUCGACCCAUGUGUCGCGGAUUCGCAGCCCCUCACAACAGUGACAUCACAGACUCGCCGACAGAAACCCAAACGGAGAGCCAGGCCCAACCCCUCCCGGCACUGCCAGCCCCCAACCCAGGGGAGCCCCUCUCCCCCCUCGCCGUGACCCCACCAGUGAAGCCAGCCCCCCAGCCUGGGACGGGCUCCGUCCACACGAAAACCAACGCCGUCCAAGAGAUACCAGAGAGAGAUGCAGAGUCUGACCUCCGGAGUGACAUAGACAGCGAGGGUGAGGAGGACAAAGAAGGCGGUGAUUCGCACCUGGAUCCCCUCCACCCUGUCCCGGGGUCCCGCGGGGGGGAGGCCAGCCCCCAGUUCAUGGACCCCUCCCGCCCGCACAAGUGCCACGUCUGCCAGGAGUCCUUCACCAAGAACAGCCUCCUGGUCUCGCACAGCAACUCCAUCUCUCACCUGCAGAAGGUGAACAAGGGCUCCCCUCGGGUCCCUUCCAGCAGUGCCAGGGCUCCUGCUCCGAGCAGCGGUAACGCCACCGAUGGCAGUGCCUGUCCUCCAGCCAGCCUGGAAAAGCUUUACAAAUGCAUCACCUGUAACAUGGCAUAUAGUCAAAGCUUGACCUUGGAUGCGCACCUUCGUUCGGUCCUGCAUUUCAGCAGAGUGAGAGAGGCUAACACUAACAGUAACACUAAUAAUGAUGUCACUACUGCUGCUAAUAAAGCAUCCAAUAAUAAUAAUAAUAAUAAUAAUAAUAAUAAUAAUAAUAAUAAUAAUGAUGAUAGACCCAAAGGCCAGAGUACCGACCUGCCUCAAAAAGACCCGACAGAAACCAGUUCCAGCUCCCAGUUGCAGCCCAGUGGACCGUCGGAACCAGUAACUGCCUUCCUCUCCCUCUCCCCUCCCCAGACAGCGGCCGCCCUCCCUCUCUCCUGCCUGUUGCCCCAGGCAGUCUCUCUGUUUGCCCCGCAGCAGGUUCUGUUGCCCCUGAUGCUGAACGGUUUGGGUCAGCCCGCAGGCGGGGCGGAUUUGGGAGGGGCAAGUGGAGACAGGGCGCUGCCCCAGAAUCCUCUGCCCCUGCUGGGGCUGGGUUUCCAGCCCACUGGAGCUCCGGCUCCCCUUCUUCAGAACGUGCUGAAGCUCUUAAACGGGCAGCGACCGCUGGCGGGCUUAGCGAAUGACUCGCGAGAAGAAGGAGGAGAAGCGAGGGGCAAACGUUCUCCCAACAGUCACUCUCACGAGGAGGAAAAGGAAGAGGCUGUAUUGGAUGACGAUCCGGAGGAAGGCUUACAAAAGGGGGCGACUGAGCGAGGAGAGGAGGAAGAGGGGCUCCCCAACGCAGAGGGAGUGGGCGCUGAAGACAGAGCAAGAGGGGCACAGGGCUACGAAAACGCGGGGACUGGAGAAGAGGAGGAGCAAAAAUCUGGCCGACACCAACAGGAGCUGGAGAAGGUAGCGACACGCAAACCCAAAACCGACCAGGGGAGCCCCUUCUCCCCCGGGGGAAGCCGAGAGACCGACCCCGCCGCCACUGGCGAACCCCAAAACCGGACCGGAUCAGUAAGGAAGGACGGUCAGGGACGGGAGACGGGAGCCGGAGAGGAGAUACUGAACGACUUUCAGUCCGAAGUCCUCCGCGCUUUCGUGGAGUCCGAGAGGGACCAGAUGGCCCGGAACCCUGGGAGGCUGGAGGACUGCGAGACCUUGGGGAAACUGGUGGGGCUGCCCCCGGAGAGGGUCCGAGCCUGGCUGGAUCGAGCCAGGGGGAGAGGCAGGAGCCAGGUCGCCGGCUGCAGCCACGGCUCCGGGAAUAACCGCGGUGGGAGCGAGAAGGGCAGGGGGGGUGGAUUGAGCGAGGCAGGGAAGCAGGAAGGUUCCUCAAAGCCUUUGCAGUCUAACCCAGAAACAGUCGCAGCUGCUUCUGUUAACAAGAAGGAUUGCAGCAGUGGGGGGAGUGAUGGGGUUAACAGCGGAAAGGCAAGAGGUCUGAUCAGCCCUUCUGUUGAUGUUAAAGGUGAUUCUGGGGGAGUUGAGGCAGAUCCCACUGCUGGCACCAGUGCAGAGUCCUUGAAGGAAGGGGGUGAGAGAGGGGAGAUCGGAGGAGGGAAAGGGGUUAAGAGAGGGAGGGAGGAGAUGGAGGGAAAGGAGGAGGAGGAGGAGGAGGGAGUGAAAAAGGAGAAACUGGACAGCCGCAGCAUUUUGGAUUCCCUGUUCAAAGUCAACAGGCUGCCCAGCGGGAGUCCUGGCCUGCUCCCGGCCCUCAACUUCUCCCUGCACCCUUCCCUGGGCCUCCCCCCGCAGCUGAACCCCUUCCUCGCGCGUUACCUCAACCCCUACGUGAUCCAGGGGCCCCCGGGGGUCGGCGUGUCGCCACUGGCCAGCCGGAUCCCGCACCCCAACCUGGUUGGCUCGCUGGCUGCCGGUUCCCUGCACAGCCCCCCAGCCGUCACCAGAAUCCCUCCCCUCUCUCUCCUCCACCACCUGGUGAGAGCGAAGGUGGAGGACAACGAGGCGCCAGUGGAUAUGACCAUACCCAGGAAGAGGGAGAACGAGAGAGCUUUGGAGAAGGAGGAGAGAGGAGGGGGAGGGGGAGGGAGCAUCAAAGUGGAGAACCGCCAGCAGUCCUUGCUGGGCAGGUACCCCCCCAUUGCCAUGAAAACUGAGAGAGGAGAGGAGACACCCGCGUUGGAGACCUCGAAACCGCAUCCUCGCUUCUCCAGGAUCCUCCCCAGUCCUGAGAGCGCCAGGGGCAGCUGUGCCUCAGCAACCCGCCCUGAGGAACCCAGACAACCGCGCACCCCCUUUCUCAAAGACAGCCGCCGGUCCCGUACCACCAUUCACCCUGAGCAGCUGGACUUCCUCUACGGCUGCUACUUCAGAGACCCAAACCCAGUGAAACGGGACUUCGAACGCAUCUCCCAGUGGGUCUGCCUGGAGAAGAGAGUGGUGCAGAUCUGGUUCCAGAACAUGCGAGCCCGGGAGAGGAAAGGCGAGGUCCGUUUCUUCAGCGACGGGACCCUGGCCGCCGUGGGCAAGCCUCUGAUCCGUUUCACCUGGCCGCCCGCCUCCUUGGAUGAGCUGCCCAGCCCCGAACGAGCUGGGUUAGAGACCCCGGGGACCCUGGAUUGCAAGGCCGCUCUGGUUAAAAUCGAGAACGAGGCUCGAGAAGAAGCCUGCUGUUUUGAGAGCGCUGGGAAGAAAGCAAAGCAGUGGGGAUUGCAAACGGAUCUCUCCGCGGCUUACGAGAGCCUGCCAGAGGAUUCUGCGCGGGAGAGGGGCGGGGAGGAGGGAGGAAAAGAGGGGGCGGACUCCGCAGGCAACAGCCACAGCAGCGCCGAUGAGAGCCUCUCGGAAGAUCCAAAACCAGAGGCCCUCAAACCCGGCCCUUUGGCUUCCUCUCCGUCAUCCUCUUAUCUCACUCGCUCGCAAGCCCAGAGAGAAGGUCCGGCCAGGAAGAAGCGGAGGAGGGAGGAGGAGGAGGAGGAGGAGGGGUACCGCGGCGAGGGGGCCCGGCCUGAGUCAGACCCGGUCCAGUCCCAGAAGCAGAAACGAAGGGCCAGAACCCACCUCAGCAAGCAGCAAGUCCGGGUCAUGCAAGCGUGUUUCAAACGCUGCCGGACCCCAACCGCUCAUGAGUGUGACAUCCUGGGCCGCGAGCUGGGUCUGCCGCUCAAGGUGGUCCAGAUCUGGUUCCAGAACUCCCGGGCCAGGGAGAAAAGGCUCACGUCCAGCCCGGGCGCGACCCACCAGCACCAGGGCCAAGACGGACCGUCCAGGAUGGACUUCCAGAGCCUGGAGGAGCGGAGGAGAGGGGAAGCGUCGUGGUCCAAGUGCCAGCUUUGCGACUUCCGUUUCGGGGAGCAGUCGUCCAGCAGUCGGGCGCACCUGUUCUCCAGGGCUCACCUGCAAAGGUUGAAACAGGCAGAAGCAGGGCAGCCGUGCCCUCAGGAGCUCGCCCCAUUCCCGCCCGCUUCGCCCGCUGCACGCAGCUCCAAGCCAGUGAACCCGGAACAGCUUCCUGGUCACGGCGUCUUUCUGAUGAAGAGGAGCCGUUAA